CUGUCACGUGCAUCGUGUGCUUUGUUGUUGUUUCCAGAUCAAUAUGCCCAUCACAAUCAACAAAAAAAUCCAAUUUCAAGCGUUUUCAUAAGAAAAGUGAUAAUCGUGCGUGGAGAUCUUCUAAUGCUACGAUGACAUCCGCCAGCGGUGAAACGGAUGUGGCCAGAGCCUGCGACGCAGCGAAAGCCGGAUCAUCGGUGAUCGGACCGCUCAAUUUCAAGGACGAAAGUUCCAAUCCACCGCCUUCCCGUUUAGCGGACGACACAUCCGUCGAGUGUAUGUUUUGCGAUAAAGUGUAUAACUUUCGGCAAGGGGACGAACGGGACCAGUACCUCGCGCACCUGUACAUGGUUCAUCGGUUGGUGAUUGCCGACGUCGGUGAGGUGGAAUGUCUGGCCAGUUAUAGUCGGUUUUGGAAGGAACGGUUUAGAGAGCAUCCGAUGGAAAAGUAUUGCUCUGCGUUGCUGUUGAAUCAUCUUCCGGACGGAACGCCGGCUAGCAAUGAGAAAUACUUCAUGCUGAGUGACAUUGAACCGGUGGACUACGAACUGCGACAGAGAUUGAAACGGGAAAUGAUGGAGCUGGUACUGGCGAGACAUCAGUUCGAAAGAACGGAUCGGAAUUUUAAUCGGGGGUGUUUGUACUGCCGGGAUCUGCACGCGGAAACGAGAACCGAAUUCCUCGAGCAUCUGUACUCUAAACAUUUCUUACUGCUAGGGAAAGCUGAAAACUUAGUUUUUGUAGAUGAGUUAAUAGAUACGGUGCAGGAGAAGAUGGACAAUUUGAUUUGCUUGUUCUGUGAGAAGGUAUUCAAAGAUCGUCCGACCCUCAAGGAGCACAUGAGAAAGAAAGGUCACAAGAGGAUAAACCCAGAGAACAAAUUCUAUGAUCGUUUCUUUCUAGUGAACUACAGGAAUGAUCGUCUGAAGAAACCGUCGUCUGUUGGGAAGCAACCGGUUCCGAUCAAAGCCCGAGCCAAGGAAAGUUCCCCGUUUCAUACGGACGAUUCAGAUUCGGAUUGGUCCGACUGGUACGGAGAGGAACAACCAACUACCUGUCUGUUCUGCACCAUAGCGAAAGCGAAAAUAGAUGACCUGAAGCAGCACAUGAAAACGGACCACGGCUUCGAUUUUGAUGCUCAGGUCGUUGGCCUAACUUUCUACCAGCGGGUGAAAAUCGUCAACUACAUUCGCCGGCAGAUGCAUGUACUGAAAUGCGUGCUUUGUCGUGAAGAGUUUCCUUCAAAAGAUGAUCUGCAAUGUCACCUACGAGAAACAGCACAUUACUCCACCGGGGAGCAGCAGUUUUGGGAUCAGCCGGAGUUUUUCUUCCCCACCUACGAAGACGAUCAGUUCCUUUGCCACCUGGAGGACGACAGCCCGGACCUUUCGGAUGACAGCUCGGUGGUCAUUUCGGAGAAGGUAGAAGCAAAAGUCAACACCGAGGCGGAAUCGUUAUCGCUGGAAAACUUUAGAUUAGAUUAAGUUUAUUCGAUGGCCGUUGUAUAAAAUAUAAUACUAAAAGAAUAUAUCA